GCUCUUGGCCAGAAAGCCUACUAAAUGAGAAAAGGUGGAGCGAUGAGAGAAAGAGGGUGAGGGGGGAUGGGGUUAGGAAGAAAAAGGAGGUGAUUGUUGGGGAGUUAGAGAGAGCAUUGCUGUAGCAAGGGAAUGAAAGCAAAGGAAAGAGGAUACCAGAAAAAUACUGUCAGAUUUUAAGAUCGUAAGAUAAUAUUUCUUGGACUACCGACAAAAUAGAAGUCAUGUUGGGGUGUGGACGUCCUGUCAUCCUUCUCCUCAGCAUCAAUUUUCUGGACCUCUCCUUUGUGUCAUCAUCAUCUUCAUCAUCUCAGAAUGCCACUCACCCCCUUUCCCACCCUUCUGGAGGUAGUGAUUACUACAGUGAAUAUGAGGACAUCACCGCUGAGCCUCCCCGGUCAUCCUCUACUUACUCUGAACUCCCAGAUCUCAAUCCGUGCGAUUAUGAUAUGUGUGUGGAGCAGCAGCACACCUGCCUGGAGCUUGCAGAAACCACACGCUGCCUCUGCCCGGGGUUGAGCAAUGGUUUCAUUCCCCCGAGUCCACCGCGCCUCUUGAAUCUGACUCAACAGGAUGGCAAAGGGGUUGUGGUGCACUGGUGUGCUCCUACCUCCAUUGUCACCCACUACAAUGUCUUUGUGAGAGGGAAUGGCAAAGUGAAGGAGAAGAAAGAGGUGGAGAAGAGAAAGAGGGCAGCAGUAUUGGAGGAUGUUGAGGCUGGUAUGCACAUAUGUGUAGAAGCGGUGAAUAAAGGUGGUGUCAGUGCAGAAGAUGAUCAGUCUUGUGCCACAUUUGAACCCCAAAAUACAGACUCUGGACUUGUGCUCAAGCUGGGCAUUAUUGGGGGUGUUGUGGGACUCAUACUGCUUCUGAUUCUGGCUCUGCUGCUGUGGAGACACAAAUCACGGCAGAAAUUCACCAUGCGGACCAAGACUGAGAGAGUUCUGUAAUGUCUGUGUGUGUGUGUUGCCAAAAAAAUGCACUUUUACUUCAUCUCGGUAUGAAUGAUGGGAUUAAAUGAAUGACUGUGGAAUGAUUGUUCGCUGUGAGUGUGCUGGAUAGAGGGAGUAUUUGAAUGACUUAAUGAACAGAAAGAGGGGUGCAGAGAAGGUGGAUGAAUGACUCAGCACAUUCUUCUCAUUUGCUCGUCAGUGUCUACCAAUGUGAUUUAGGACAGAGACAAAUUGUAUACUGCUGGUGUGCUGACUCCAAUUAUGGGCACCGUUUCGAGCCCACUUCCUGAUCACAAACACAUUUUAAACUUGUGUAUGUCUGUUUCUUCCUCCUGUAUGUGUUUUCAAAAAAAAAAAAAAUAAAUAAAGCCUGAAUCACAGUAUUUCAUAUUUA